AUGGGACUGGGCAUCCUAGAUCCCCGGCGGCCCACCGAGGUCCCAGGGACCACACGCUAUUUCGACGACCUCGAAGGCCUCGAAGGUGCUACAUCCACCUCGACAUCCGCCCAGGUCAAACGUGAUAAUGGUAUCAUCCUUGUACCCCAGCCAAGUGAUGAUCCAAACGAUCCUCUUAACUGGCCUCUGUGGAAGCGCGACUUGAUUCUCCUACUUUUGUCCAUCGUAUCCAUAUUCGCAACCUCGCUCGGCCCAAUCUUAGCUGCGAACACUAUUAGCUUGUCGGUGUUUUUCUCCGUCAAAUUCACAAAAGUCGCCAUCCUCACAGGCUGGUUCCUUUUCGGCGUGGGAAUUGCUGCCAUUUGGUUCGUUCCAUCCGCGCGAAUAUGGGGAAAGAGGCAUCUCUUCCUGCUUGGGACCAUCACCUUGAUAUUCUCGAGUGCGUGGGCCGGGGCAGCGGGUCACAGUUAUGGAAGCUUGGCCGGGGCAAGAUUUAUUCAAGGCAUCGGUGCGGCACCAUUUGAGACGCUGGUUAAUGCCGUCGUUGGAGAUAUGUACUUUGUCCAUCAACGUGGCAAGCGUAUGGCUUUGACCAACCUUGCUGUAUUUGGAGGUGCCUUCUUCACGCCCAUUGUGGUUGGCAAAAUCACUUACACGAUUGGCUGGCCUUGGACAUUUUAUUUUGUCUCCAUUUUUUGUGGCGUGAGCCUGCCUCUGGUCUACUUCUUUGUGCCAGAAACGACAUAUUGCCGAUCCGCCCAUCUAAACACCGAUACAGCCUCUUCAGUUGAUAUCCACCACCUCCAGAAACCACAUACACAUGAGCACACAACAGAUUUAAGCCCAAGCAACGCCCAAUCACUGGAGCUUUCAGAAGCCAGCAUUCAGAACCCUUCGGCUCAACCUGAAAGUCAAGAUCCGCCGACCCUCUUUACUGGCGCCGGGACACCUAAAAAGAGCUUCACAGAACUCCUCGUGCUCUUCUGCGGGAGGAUGUCACCCGAAAAGUUCUGGAAACUCGCCCUCCGACCCUUCCCCCUUUUCUGUCAUCCUGCCAUUAUGUGGGCAUGCCUGACUCAGGGGGCUAUGGUCGGCUGGACGGUAUUCAUUUCAGUCGUGAUUGCGGGCAUAUUUAUUGGGCCGCCGUUGUGGUAUGGCGAAGUUCAAACUGGGUACGCCUUCACGGGCGCAUUUAUCGGAGCUGUGGGGGGGUUCCUGCUGGCCGGAGCCGUGGCAGACUGGAGUGCCAAAGUCAUGACGCGACGAAAUGGCGGUAUUUACGAACCCGAGUUUAGAAUAGUGCUUGUUAUUCCCCAGCUCAUACUCGGCUGUACGGGGCUCUACCUCUUCGGCGCGACAUCUACACCUGCCGGGCUUAUUAAGCAUGGCUGGAUAGUGCCGGUCGUUGCCUUUGGCUUGCAGGUAGCAGGGAUGGUUAUCGGUGCCGUGGCGGCAUCACUCUAUCUGGUUGACGCCCAUCGUGACAUCGCCGUGGAGGCCUUCACCUGCACCAUCAUCUUUAAGAACUUCUUCUCUUUCGGGCUGACGUUUAGUGCAUACCAAUGGGUUAUCGGGCCUGGGGGGACUUUCAGAGUGUUCAUGUGGAUCUCCAGUAUCCAGGUCGUGGUGUGCCUACUGAGUAUUCCGAUGUAUGUCUUUGGGAAACGCAAUAGGGACUUCUUCCAUCGACAUAAUAUUUUGAAACUCUGUGGCUUGAUGAACAAGAGGGACACUUAA